AUGGCAGCUUCCACUCCGCGUGCCGAGCUUCACCCAGGACUGGAUUAUGGCAUGCGAACUGCCAGACGACACAUCACCGCGCUUGAUGGCGAGGGCAAAUCCGUGUUCGUCCCCGACCGCGACAUCCUGUACUGCAAUCGAGGCGGCUAUGCGGUCUCCUGGACCUACGCGACCAGCGAGUUCCCUAUCGAUAUGACUGACAACAAGGACCUCAAUGGCUUUCUGAGUGACGACCCGUCGAGCCCAAACUCGGUGGUCCACACGGGCAGUCGGAUCGUCAACGGCGGCGGUGUAACAUUCAACACGACGAAUUUCUCGCCGGGGACGGAGACGGUAAUGCACCGAACAGUGUCUCUGGACUUCGUGGCCGUGGUGGAAGGCGAGAUGGAACUUGAGUUGGACUCGGGAGAGAAAGUGUUGCUACAACCCGGGGUAGGUCAUUCGUGGUCAUUCAUCUUCGCUACGAAAUGUGCUGCCUUGAGCAUCCUCGUGUCCCUCUAA